AUGGCUGGCCAUUCUAAUCCCCCGGAUUUGAACGCCGUGCUUCAAACACUCUCCAGCCUUGCUUCUCAGGGUAGCUCAUCUGAAAUCUCUCAGCCGAUCUCACUACAGCCUCAUGCUUCUCGGCCGUCAAGGGCUGAGCCAAGUCAUACACCCCGGCCGGUGCAUUCAAAUCCACCAAAGCCGAGCACUCCUACUAUUGACCCUUCGACAAUUACUACUUGGCCUGCAGCAUUACGUUAUGUCAUGCGGACCGUGGGCCAGAACGAAGAAACCCAGCUCCGAAUCCGUGGCUUGAUCCGAAGCCAGCAUAGCCAUGAAAGGCAGUGGUGGAAGGGUCGUGAGGCCUUGCUUCAAAGGCAGGGGGCUCGAGGGGAUAAACAGAAAGAGCUAGAUGCAGUCUUACGAUCGAUUGGCGCACCCGUUGAAUCAAAAGAAACAUCUACCACAGAAGAGGACCAAGCAGAACUUAAAAACUACGAUGCAAAGAUUUACAAAGCUUCUAUGCAGAUGGCAGAUGCCUUAACAGCAGAACUGCGCGGACACCAGAUCCCUUUCUUUGUUCUCAAGAAGAGUUUGGUUCAAGACUCAACAUCGUCAGCGGAUCUUGAUGGUACACCUGGUAUGGAUCAAAAACUGUCCAAACCAGACCUCAUAGAACUGCAGCGUCGCAUGCUGCAGUUGCUUGAGGAUCUUUGCAAAGAAUAA